GAUAACUCCGGCUAUUUAUUACAUUAUCGAUCGGAACUUCAAAAUGGCUGACACUCAAACCCGAGUUCCACAAGAUACGCACUUGGAGGACGAUAGGAGUCAUGUUGAGGGACAGUUUAUGGGUGCAACGUUACAGAUCGGAGGCGGCGGGCCCGGGGGAGAGGGCGCUGAACCAGAGGUGAAAUUCGCUGGCGGCCCUGCCCCAGGAUUCAAUCGUCAGCAGCGUCCGGGUAGUGUUUACGGACGACAGAGCGUCAAAUCAACCACCAGUCGAACGUCAAUGCGUCCGGGUGUUAUCAAGGAUGAAAAACUCGCCCAGAACUUCUUCAGUUACAAGCGUGAAAAUUCAAACUCAAACAAUUCACAACAAGCGGAGACCAAUUUUGACAAAGCAGUAUCUGUGUGUGAACAGAAAGCCAAGCCAGAACUUGAUGGAAAACGUGUUGGAGCCUGGCUGCUGACAGAAAUCGACCACUGGGAUAAUGAGCGAGAGAAGAUUGUUCUGCUGUUUGAAAAUUCUGUGAUGAUCUACAAAUACCACUUCAUACUACACAAAGUGGAGGAAUUCAAGCGCGUCCUCCUUUGGGUGGUCGACACAGUCUGCAUCGGUGACUUCAAGUAUCCCGAGAAGAGUAUUAUGCCAGAAAGGAAACAUGGCGGCAUACAGAUCCGUUGGAACAAAGGGGAAGAACCCUCGUUUGCCCAGCGCUGGAAUCCAUGGAGCACAUGUAUUCCCUUCCUCACCUUCUGUCAUCAUCCACUGCUGUACAACCCCAAGGAGAACGAGACCGUCACCUACAACGUUGACGAGUUCUACGAGUCGCUUAUCAAGGGGAUCAGUGAUGCGUACAAAUCGAAGAGACCUGCAGAGAAAGUCACUAUCUUGGAAGGCCCCAUUCUGAUAACCAGCUAUGCAAGCGUGUCGUCCAUGAUCUUCAAUCAAAGUGGACUUGGGUUUUAUUUGGACAGAAAUGGAAUCUGCUUUUGAAAGACUAAAAACAAGGCUGGAAAGAAAAACCGGCAACUUGAAAUGCUGUGUUGAUCUCCACUACUGCUAUAAAAAGGACAUUUAUCUUGAUCUCUGUUUAAAUUAAGUUGCUGAAUUUCAAGAUUUUUUCAUAGAUGUGUUUAAUAAUUGCUGUUGGUUCUAUUUAAUAAUUGACUUGAGCAAUUGUUGAAAUAUGUAAAGACAUUUAGAAAAAGAGGAACAAACUUAAAUUACACCAUUUCAGAUCUAGGGCUUCUACAGUUUUCAAUGAAAUGGCAGGAAAAUGAAAAAGAUUUUUUUGUUGGUGCAACAUGUUUUCUUUAAUCUUACUUGGGCGAGAAUAGUUAAAAUUAAGCAAACAAAUAUUGUAGAAUUUAGACGAGAGAAGAGUGAUCGCACAAGUAAAGAAUACCACCGUUCACUCCCUAAGGUUAACAGUUUAGCACAUAGACAUCCCAUUGAUGAUACAGUUUAGCACAUAGACAUCCCAUUGAUGAUAAGCAUUCCAUAGGUGUGGUUAGGUGGUGCACAUUAGGUGCAUGCAACAUGUUAGCAAUAUUGUGCCAUUGUAUUCUUUCAAAACGGGCGAAUUCCUGUCAAAACCAACUGAUUGUUCAAUUAAAAAACAACAAUAGAUAAAUAAACCACUGAUGAUUUAAUUAAUACAUUACCAAACAUGUAAUACCGGUAAGCUUCUUUUAAGUAAUUUUAAUAUUUAAUUUUUUAUAAUUAUAAUACCAUCCUUUAAAACAAUCUCCUUUGUCAAACAGAUUUUAAAGACAAAGGUCAUAAGGUAUUUAGAUAAGCCCUUUCCAGAUAAUUAGGGCUAAUUUGAGAUUAAAUCAUGAUAUGUUAUUUUUUUUUUUAAAUAUGUUCACAGCACAUAGAAUUCCAUGUUAUCAGUGAACAUUUAAUGAAACUGGUUUUGUUUUCAAUUAGCUAAUUCAGGUCCUCUCUGGGGCUCUGCCAUUUAUGGACAAUAUGUAUGUACAUAAUGUAAGCUGUGUUGCAUUAAUGUUUAUAUCACUAUACAUGGUAUGCACAGUACUGUGGCUGGUGAUAUAUAUCUUUAAAAAAUCCUUAUUUUGUUAUUUGGAUUACAUGUACUGCUUAAUUCAGUGCUGUGUUAUAACUAAACAGACUAACCAUUUAUUAAACUGUAUAAACCAUCUACUUGUGACUGUAAGGAUGAGAGGAAGCUAGCUCAGCCGAAGUCGGUAAAUGUAUUCAAAUUCAUUAGAUAAAUAACACAUCAAGUGCAAUUUUAAAGUUCAAUUAAACAAAAAGUUCAGAAAUAUCACUAUUUGUGUAUAUUUUAUCUGAUCAUGGUUAUUGUGAAUCCCAGCACGUGCCUAUUUUGUUUUAAAUUUUAAUAAUGAUAAAACAUACUUGGUAUAGAUUUAUUCUUUAUAAGCUGUAUAUAUUUGAGGCCUGAUAUGAAAUUAUUCUUUUUCAACAACCGAUACGGCAAUUUUCUUUUCAGGUAUUGCGUCAGCCAGGUUUCCUCCUAUCUAUAUAAAAGAUAACGUGAUGUCAUGCUCUCAAACUGUAUUAAUACAUAAUGUAUACUCUGUACCUACAUAAUAGAUUUAUUGUGAUGUUUGUAUAUUUAUUGAUAUUUUAGAGUUUAAAGAGAUUUAUUCAAAUUGUCAUUAUUGAAAUCCUUUAUAUGUUUAUGUCGGCUUGGUGAUCUAAGUGACCACAUCUACUUAUUAUAUUUUAUUCAAUGUAAAAAAACUCCAUGUUUAAUGACUAAAUUGUAUGUUAACUUUAAGAAUUGUUUGUUAUUGAAUGUACGCAGUCGUUUGCUGUUUAAUUACGAUAUUGUGUGUUUAACUUGAUAAGCUUUUAUUUAAUGUUCAUAAUUGUUUGCACAUAUUUGCCACCAGUGAUAAUUUGCCAACUUCAAUAUAACAUUAUAAUCCAGUGUCAUUUAUAUAACCUAGAGUAGCAGUAACACUUAUAAUGUUUUGUUUUUUUAAGUUUACUAUUUUUUUUUAUGUUCAGUUAACCUUUUAUUCUGCUGGUUUUCAAAUUCAUGCUUUGAUGCUUUUUAAACAUUUAAAUCAGUUUCAUUUCUACUUUCUUUGUGCAUAUUUAAUCAGUUUAAUUUAUCAUACCAUACAAAUAUCUAAAGUUGAAAUUUACCAAAUUGAACCUUCGCUGAGGCCACCUCAAGAUGGCUCUUCCUUCUUAUCCCUAUCCUUAAAUGUGCAUCAAGGAUGACAGUUUUAUUCAAAACAGUUAAACAGAACACAUUAGAAUUAUGGCUGAUUUAUCUUGUUUAGUUAAUUCAUUCACCCCUACAUAUUUAAACUAGACUUGCGCAGUAUUUGAUUUGGAAAGGUAGGAGGUCAAAACAUUUCCAUCUCAGCCCAACUGUUCAUAGCUGAUUACCUCACAGUCAAUUUAUCUUUAUAUAUCAAAAAUAUUGAUGUCACCCUAGUAAAAAAAAGUAACUGUUUCCUACUGAUUUGGCUAGGAAGAAUUUCUAGUUAGCUCUUUCAGUAGAGCGUAAGACAAGUAAACCAGAGGUCCUCGGUUUGACUCCAAGCAGAGGCAUUGAAUAAAAAAUGACCUCUAUCUCCUGGAAAAUGCAGUACAGUAUUAGUAGAAUCUGUCAUAAAAUAAAGCUAACAUAAUCAGCUACAGAUAAGUGAGAUCACUUAUGUUACCAAUAUGGAUCAAACAUUAACUUGUUGUGAUAUUACAUGAAUCAUAAAUAGGUAUAGUUGUAAUAUUUCAAUCUAGAUAAGAGGAUUAGAAAUGAUGCUGGAUAAAAAUUAGACAUUAACCUGUUGAAGAAAACCCAUCAUGAUUGUUGCUAUCAAAAACAUCAUGUGAUAAAACGGGAACUAUAACCAUCAGUAAAUGCUACCUUGUAUGACUUGGUAUUUCUGUAUUUUUGUUAUGUGGAUUUCACAAGACAAUCCUAUAGUAACUUUCUCAUCAUCAAUGAUUUUUAUAUUUUGCAUAAUAUCUUCCUUUACAAUCUAAUUAAUGCAUUUUAUUCCUAUCCUUAUUCAUCUCUUUGUCAUUGGCUAUGAUCAUAAAACUCAAGACAAAAGGUUUAAAGAAAAACAUUAAUCUAAAAAGAAUUCAAAUGAAAUAUGCAAAUCUAUCUCAAAAAGGAAAAUCAUUGUGACCAUAUUAAUACUCUGUAAAAAACGGGAUAAGGAUAUAUUCUAUCUUACAUACAUAGAUAUGUACAUAUAGUAACUGUUUCAUAUAAGGAUUAACCCAGCAAAAUAUAACAAUUCUUCAUAGCUAUAUAAAUAUGUUCAUAUGUCUGUGCAGUGUUAUAAUUUGAUAAACAUUAAAAUAUCUCUGGUCAUGGAUGUUAAGUCACAAUAUUAGUAGGCUGGGUGUGGAGGGGAUAGGCAAUGCUAAUAUGUAAUAAAAUCAACGUAAAAUGUAAAUUUUGUAAUAUAAAACAAAUUGCAAUGUAGCUAUGAUGUUGUUUCUAUUUAUUUGAGGGGAGAUAAUUACUCUAUUAAUCAAUUUAGGAUUUGUACUUAUAAUAGAGAGAUACUUAAUCAGAUGUAUUUAGAUCACUUUAUAUUCUCUGUGUGUUUUACAUUACAGCUGUAUCAGUUUUAUUGACGGUGUCCUGAAGUAACACCUAUCUUACAUUUCUAAGAAAACAAACCUUUUGCAAUUUGUGAAUCAACCAUGUUACUUUAGACUGGGGAAUGUUCAUUACAGAUACAUUUUGCCCUUACGAGAUUUGAUUGGAUGGUAUAUAGUAGAAAGUGUACAUAUAGCACCUUUUAUUUAUUAAACUGCUGUGAAUCAAUGAGGGAACAUUUAUUUCACUAGUGAUUGGCAAAUAUUUGAUAGAAAAUAUCCCCGUUUUGUGUCCGAUUGGCAUGCUGAUCAAUGUGGUUUAACUCUAUGGAUCGGUUCUAUGUACUGUUGUAUUAGAUCUAGCACUGCUGUCAGUAUUAGAUCUAGCACUGCUGCAAGUAUUAGAUCUAGCACUGCUGCAAGUAUUAGAUCUAGCACUGCUGUCAGUAUUAGAUUCAGCACUGCUGCCACUACAGCCUGAUGAAUAGCUUAACUAGGGGACGUAGUUGUAUAACACAGUAUAGAAAAUCAUGUUACCCUUAAGGAUGCAUGCUCCCUUUCUAAAACAAAUUCUCCUUUCCAAGAGAGUUCACCAAUAAAAUACAUGUGAAAUACAUUUGAGUAGUAUUUAGACUGUGUUGUUAUUAAAUCAUGUUGACGCAUUUCAAAUGUACAAGAAAAUGCAUGCAUGUCUGCACUAAGGUAUCAAUAGCUAACACCAAUUCAUGAAAAUGAGGGAGAUAACUCUGAAAUGAAAUAUAUUCCAUGUAAGGUAGUGGUUUCAUGUAACCUUAAAUUGUGGUGUUAAUAAUUAUAAAAGUAUACUGGAAUACGUAUUUGUGUAGCCAUGUAUGUAUGUAUAGAUAUAUAUCCCAACAAUUAUGUUAUUGAUUAUGACUUAUACGCAUUCGAUUGAGAUUACUCUCAAGUUUAUUCUGUAAUCUCAUGGGUUAUUUUUGGGAUUAAAAUGGUGAGAUCGGAUAUAAAUCAAAGUCCAUUAUCAAGAGUAGGUGAUCUGUUUUAUCAUAUGACACAUACACUAAAUAUAAACUAGCUUUUCUAGCUGUACAGGUAAUAUUUCAAAACUACGCAUGACAUCAUUUAAGUGUGAUGCUAUAUAUAACUGAUAUAGUGUGAGAUCACACCUUGGACGUCAUACUUACUGUAGCAUUGUCUAAAGAAUAACUCCUGUAUCUAUGAAACCGCUAUAGUGUGAGAUCACACCUGGGACGUAAUACUUACUGUAGCAUUGUCUAAAGAAUAACUCCAGUAUCUAUGAAAACGCUAUAGGGUGAGAUCACACCUGGGACGUCAUACUUACUGUAUCAUUGUCUAAAGAAUAACUCCAGUAUCUAUGAAACCGCUAUAGUGUGAGAUCACAUCUGGGACGUCAUACUUACUGUAGCAUUGUGUAAAGAAUAACUCCUGUAUCUAUGAAACCGCUAUAGUGUGAGAUCACACCUGGGACGUAAUACUUACUGUAGAAUUGUCUAAAGAAUAACUCCAGUAUCUAUGAAAACGCUAUAGUGUGAGAUCACACCUGGGACGUCAUACUUACUGUAGCAUUGUCUAAAGAAUAACUCCAGUAUCUAUGAAACCUCUAUAGUGUGAGAUCACACCUGGGACGUCAUACUUACUGUAGCAUUGUCUAAAAAAUAAAAUCCUGUAUCCAUGAAACCAAAAGGAGCUGAAGGAUAAAACAGUAUUAUGUUACUUUUACAAUAAGAGUAGAUAUAAAGGGGAUCAAUCACAUAUCUGUCCAUACACAUUUUAUUUGCUCACUUUAAGUUUGAUUGUGUGCUGGUUUAUCAGGUCCAUUUCCUCUUUUAUAUAAGUCAAAACUCCUUUGCGUACACGUACACGUACAUGUACCUGGAAGUUCCAUGCGCUAUAUUUGAGAUCCAGUAAGAAUUUUGAAAGCUAUUUAACAGUUGAUAGGUGGAUAAAUAUCCAGAAAGGUAAUCAACACACCUGCGUAAAACAAUAUACAUAUUUUGGUUAAUUGAUUGAAAAAUAUUUAAAAUGGUCUCAAGAUUUGAAGAUUUACAAAAAUAAGUAUAGUUAUUAGUUUAUACAAUGAUAAAUGUUCAUCUAUGUGACUGCGAUGUAGUUUUGAAUUUGGUACAUACAGAUUUCACCUGAGAUUUUACAGAAAUCAUAAUUUAGCUAGCAAGUGCAUGGUAAUCGUUUUGAAAUGUGACUAUUUCAGAUUAUUAAAACUUCCUUCCAGUGUAUAGCUGAUUCGUGUUUGAUUGAUCUUUUGUAAACAAUUAAUGUUUAGAUAUAUUUAGCAUGUCAACUUUAGAGCUAUUUUUAUUUAUUUUUUUAUUUUACGAGGACAGUCACUUGAACAAUACAAAAACUGUUUAUCUGAUACUGAUUUAUUUAUGGUUUUCAAGUUGUCAAAUAAAGAAGUUCACAAAA